AUGCCGGUUGCCACGGCCGACUUAGCCUCAAAUUCUCCCCAAGAACUCAUCAUCCAAGUUCUCUUACGACUCCCGGAAAAAUCGGUCGGCCAAUGCAGGUGCGUUUCGAAGCUAUGGCGCUCUCUACUUUCCGACCCACUUUUCAUCAAAGCCCACCUCGCUUUCCACCUCCAUCUCUAUUUCCCGUGCACCUCCCUCUUCCUAGUUAUCCCUCGUAACUUUCGCCACCACCAGUGGCAGCAGUUGGUCUUACUGCAAGCUUUUGAAGGAUUAAAUCCCCCAUCUAUGUAUUUGAUGAACCCCACUAUCAGGGAGCUUGUGAAAUUUCGGCAUAGUCCAUUGGUUAGGGAUGCUGCAGAAACCAUAACUAGAUAUGGUUUGGGUUAUGAUAGUUGUAAUGAUGACUACAAAAUCGUUACGCUGUCUUACGAUUGGCGUGUUGUCGAAACAGAGAGUUAUCCUGCCUUUGUUGAUGUUUUUAGUUGGGGGAUUGGAAUGUGGAGGAGGAUUGGUUGUUUUCCUUAUGUUCCUAGUUCGCAUUUUGGGGUGUUUCUGAACGGUUCCAUACACUGGCUUGCUUAUUCUAAAGUCGAUAAAGAGUGUGUUAUAAUUGCUCUGGAUACGAGCUGCAAGAAAUUUAAGCAACUGCCAUGGCCUGAUACUGAUCAUACUUCUCAUAAGUGUGGCCGCGAGCUUGUGGCUCUUGGUGGAUGUCUAGGAAUGGUUGUGGUACAAUCUAGUCACCGUAUGGAUGUUUGGAUGAUGAUGGAGUACGGUGUUGGAGAAUUUUGGACCAAAUUUAUUGUUACUACACCUGAAAUGUAUAUGCAUGGGGAUCUAUAUGACUGCUGGGGAGUGAUGAUGCCAUUUUGCAGAUGGGUGGUAAGAACCUUGUUGUGCAGAAUUUGAGAGAGAGAACUAUGAGGG